GGAGAGGUCUAUUGCAAUCUGUUCGUGUGCCACAGUACAAAAUAUUUAGUUGUGUCCAAUGAAAAAUUGCCCCCUCUGGAAGAGGAGAUUUUCAUGAAAAUUGCUUGUGCCUGUGAUGUCCUUGCUGAUGAACCUAGUGUGGACCAUUUUAUCGCUAGCCUGUAUUGGUAAAAUAUCACUGAGGACAUCUUUUACUGUGUCAGGCAUUGGUUUCCAUCCUACGAUUUCACUCUACCUUUGGUACAUAAGAAUGGAACACGGAACUUCAAAAAAAAAAAAAAAUGAGGAAUCAAAUUUAUUAUUUGAUUUUUUUUUUUAAUACUGUAACGAAUAAUUUAGUCUCUUUCCAUUUUUUUUACAUCAUUUCAUUUUGCAUAUAAAACACGGCACAAAUGUAAUACUCAGCUGUGUUGAAAAUGAAAUAUAGAACCCUUGAAUUUGCGGUUGCCAUGAGGUUGCAAUGUUGGUGUGUAAGCAUGUAGGUAUCAUCUGUAGGAUGUGGCCAGGCCAUUCGAUGUUCAGUGAACCAAUGAGGGGAGUAAAUUAUUGGGUCAUUUAUGGGGAAAAAAUAAGGUUGUCUGGGAGGGCUAGCCCGUAGGCCUCUGGAGAUUGGAAUUGCUCCUUGUAGAUAGGUUUUAUUAUUUGGAGUGAUUUUAUUGGAUGGCAAUUUUUUUUAUCUCUCUUUAUAACUUGGGGAUUAAGGGUGAGGAUAUACUGAGUCGAUGGGUUGUUUCAAAUGCAUUUAAAGACUCGUUCGGGGUGGGGAUGUCAUUGUCUGGGAGUUGAAUAACCCGUAAAUAGGGUAUCAUUGAAACGUCUGGUGUUCAACUUCUCUCUAGUGGAUAACUUGUGAUUACGUGGCUCAAUCCCAUUUGCCAUCCCCUCUCACCUUCCCAUACAGAUAGCAUUCCGGCUAAAAGAAAGUUCCAACCACAUUACAUGAAGUGUUCUGUUCUGUGCCCGAAUAACCCAUAUAUCAUGAGAGUUUCAAAGGAAAAUUCAUUUUGAGCCAGCCACCUUUGCCCCCAUGGCUCCGACUCUCACCUCUCACUCAUUUCUCUUGACCUCCGCCCCCCAGUCAAGGCUCACUCUCAAGGUUUUCGCCAAGAGGCCCGCCACCUCCUCCCAGCUCCGCCUCGGCAAGUCCUCCGGCGGUGGCGAUGACUCCUUGGAAGCAUCCAAUUCCAAUCCCUUCGCCUUCUUCAACUUUGGAGAUAAGGUUCCCGACAUGAAAGCUCUGAUCCCAGUGGUGGGCAGCCCGUCGACGGGGCUGUCGUUUGGAAAUCAAAGGCGGAAGGAUCCCAACACAGUGUUUGUGGCCGGGGCGACGGGGCAGGCAGGGGUUCGCGUUGUGCAGGUGCUGCUGCGGGAAGGGUUUAGCGUUAGGGCUGGUGUGCCGGAGCUUGCUGCUGCACAGGACCUCGCCCGCCUUGCUUCCAGUUACAAGAUCAUAUCCAAGGAGGAAUCGAAGCGCCUCAACGCCGUCGAAUCCACCUUCCAAGACGCGGAGUCGAUCGCAAAGGCGAUCGGCAACGCCGGCAAGGUGGUGGUGACGAUCGGCCCCUCCGAGAAUGGCCCCACGGCUGAGGUCACCACCUCCGACGCCCUCCAGGUGGUCGAAGCGGCUCAGCUCGCCGGCGUCGGCCACGUGGCAAUCGUCUACGAUGGCAACGCUACCGCCUCCUCGUCGACCUACAACGUGUUCGAUGGCAUCUCGUCGUUCUUCGGCAACCUCUUCUCGCGGUCUCAGCCGCUGACGGUGGCGGAGUUCCUGGGGAAAGUGGCGGCGACGGACGUCAGCUAUACCCUCAUAAAGACCAAUCUCACGGAGGAUUUCUCCCCGGAAAGAUCGUACAAUGUUGUCGUGUCAGCCGAAGGACGCGUCGAUACUGCGAACGACUACAAAGUAGCGAAGUCACAGAUAGCAUCAAUGGUGGCAGAUGUAUUCUCCAACACUGCAGUGGCAGAAAAUAAGGUUGUGGAAGUUUCCACUGAUCCAUCAGCCCCAGCAAAGCCUGUAGAUGAGCUUUUCAGAGCCAUUCCUGAGGAUGGAAGAAGGAAGGCUUAUGCCGAAGCGUUGGCAAAGGAAAAAGCAGAGGAGGAAGCGAGAAGAGCCACCGAGAAAGCUCGGGAGGCAGCCAAGGCAGCGAAGAAGCUCGAAGAGGAGGUGAAAAAGCUUUCGGAGCAGGAAGCCCAGGCUGCCACUCUCGCGGAAGAGGCUCAGGAGAAGGCGGCAGCUGCAGGGGCCUCAGUGGAAAACCUGUUGAGCAAGGCAAAGGACUUGGGUUCUGGACUGUCAUGGGAUAAACUGAGCUCGCAGUUGGCCACUGCGGUUCAGAAACCGGGCGGUGGUGGUGGCGGUGGCGGUGGGGAGAAACCGAAGGUGCAGAUUGCGACUGUGAGGGGGCAGGCCAAGGCUCGGACGCUGCCGGCAAAGAAGGCGGUUGUCAAGCCAUCAAUCCCAAAGUUUGGAGGGUUGAAACCAAAGGCCAGACCUGAAGGAGGAGCAGAGGCAAAGACAGAAGAGAGGAGCAUUUUGGGAGGUCUGUUCAAGCAAGAAACCAUCUACAUUGAGGAUGACUGAAGGGAUGCUUUUUGGGCAUUGGGGCAGAUGGGUUGUUUGAAGUGUCAUGAAUUAUAUAUAGUUGGUGAAAGAAGAUUUGGCUGAGCUUUUGCAAGGAAUGUGUAGCACCCUUUGGAUCAUACAUAAGAGUAUCUCUUUAAGGAUCUCUCUCUCUCUCUCUCUCUCUCUCUCAAACUUGAGAUUGAUGUAAAUUUCAGCUGAAUUAUUAUAUUAACAUGUCAUGAUUACAGAAUUGCAAA